UUCCCGCUCAACUGCGCAGGCGUGCGGCCCUCCCGUCGUCCUUUGCGCGCGCCUUCCCUUCGGCUUCCAUCCGUCUCCAGACAGCGCAGUGGUGGUCUUUGAGCAUCCGAGAUGGCGGACGUGCUAGACCUCCACGAAGCGGGCGGCGAGGACUUCGCCAUGGACGAGGAUGGCGACGAAAGCAUCCACAAGUUGAAGGAGAAAGCAAAGAAGAGGAAAGGCCGAGGAUUUGGAUCAGAGGAGGGCUCCCGAGCCCGUGUCCGUGAGGACUACGAUAGCGUGGAGCAAGACGGGGAUGAGCCGGGCCCUCAGAGAUCGGUGGAAGGCUGGAUCCUCUUUGUCACGGGGGUUCACGAGGAGGCCACGGAAGAGGACAUUCACGACAAAUUUGCUGAGUUUGGCGAAAUCAAGAACCUCCACCUCAACCUCGACCGGCGGACAGGCUACCUGAAGGGCUAUACACUCGUGGAGUACGAGACCUACAAAGAAGCCCAGGCGGCCAUGGAAGGGCUGAAUGGGCAGGACCUCAUGGGGCAGCCCAUCAGCGUGGACUGGUGCUUCGUCAGGGGGCCUCCGAAGGGAAAGCGGAGGGGUGGCCGCAAGAGAAGCCGGAGUCCCGACCGGAGGAGACGCUGAGCCCUCUUCACCUGUUCCGGAGCAUGAACCAGAAGGGACGUCUUGGCACUUCUGUGGUGGAACCUGCCCUCCUCUCCACCCAAACCUAGUUGAUCUUUUACCACUUUGUAUUCCUGGGUUAUUCCUUUUAUUUGUAUCACCCUCAAUACUGCGGUCUUCAGAUUUGUGAUGUUGGUCUCGAUUGAAACCUUUCCCCACGUCUCACUAGAGACCGUUCUUCUUUUCAUGCUGAGAACGGUAUUCUCUGAAGACAAAGUUCAGAAUUAAAAAGUAGUGGGUUUUUGUAAAAACAAAA